CGUGUUACACAACCCCACAGAGGGCUCCCACCCCAGGCACAGGACUGUUCUCCCAGCUGCAGACACCAGCGCAGGCCCUUGAGUUGUUCCGGGAGCGCGCCAAGGAAUCAGCUCGACUGGUGCCAAGGUGCAGCUGGCUCUGGGGUGGGAGAGCCAAGUAACAGCCUCACCCUGCUCCCUGCAGAUUGAGCCUCCCAUUGCCAGGCUGAGGCGCUGGAGACCCCUGACUUUCAGGAGAGAGGACCCCCCACACCGCUCCCUGCAGCACAGCUCCCCGAGUAGCGCACAGGGACCCACACUGACGCCGGGAGUCUGUCUCUGUCCCAGCCCUGCCAUGGCGCGUGAAUACUUCACCCACAAGGGAGUGCUGUUCCCAUGCCUGGAUUAUUCCCACGAGAAGCUGAGCUACGUGGAGAACGAAUUCCAGGUGCGGGACGACGAUGUCUUCAACAUCACCUACCCCAAGUCAGGCACUAACUGGAUGCUGGAGAUUCUGAGUCUGAUCCGUUGUGGUGGGGACCCCGGCUGGGUGCGCAGUGUGCUGAACUGGGAGCGGGCGCCCUGGGUGGACAACGAGUCGGGGCUGAAGGCUGCCCUGAAAUACCCCCCGCCCCGGCUGCUCUGCUCCCACCUCCCCGUCCAACUCUUCCCCAAGUCCCUGCAGCGCUCCAAGGCCAAGAUCAUCUACACCCUGCGCUGCCCCAAGGACGUCCUGGUCUCGCUGUACCACUUCUCCAAGCUGCUGUGCCUCUUCAGGGACCCUGGCUCACUGGACUCCUUCCUCGAGGACUUCCUGAGCGGGAACUUGGCCUACGGCUCCUGGUUCGACCACGUCACCGGCUGGAUGGGACUGAAGGGCAACGAGAACUUCUUCUCCAUCACCUACGAGGAGCUGCAGCAGGAUCUGCGGGGCAGCGUGCGGAGAAUCUGCCACUUCCUGGGGAAGGAGCUGAGUGAGGAGCAAGUGGCCGCGGUGGUGGAGAACGCCUCCUUCCAGAGCAUGAAGGGGAACAAAAUGUCCAACUACUCGCAGCUGCCGGACGAGUACAUGGACCACCAGAACGGGGAGUUCCUGAGGAAAGGGAUCUGCGGUGACUGGAGGAACCAUCUCUCGGAGGCACAGAGCCAGCGAUUCGACACCGUUUACCGGGAGCGGAUGCAGGGUCUGGGCAUGACCUUCCCCUGGGACUGACGGCCUCGCGCCCGCCACAUCUGCACCCGCAAUACACCGGCCCUGUGCCACCCACAUGCUGCUGCUCUUACUGUGCCCUGGGAGAUGCCCCCUGGGGCAGCCUCACUAGAGCAUCAGCAAUAGGCAGAGCUGGGCUGGGACAUGUGUCCGGCAGAGGUCAGUGAGGACGCGCGCAUGGCAGGGCUCAGCUGAGGUAUAUUUAAAAUCUGUCCAUUGCAGCGUUUUUCUGGCCCUGCUUGCAGGCAGGGAGCUCUGCAGGGCAGUGUGACAGUCUGCACAGAGCCAGCCUGGAACAUGACACGGGAGAUGGGCCUCUGUGCAGGGAGCAGCCUGCUCUGUCUCUCUCGGGUUUGGGUUCCUGUGCGUGAGGGCUCUGGAUUCGAAGAAAUAAAAUCAGGUGAUG